CUCGCGGCUGAAUCUCGCAGUGAUGGAGCUCGGAGUGGCUCGUUUUCGCGCUCGCCGGAGAUAAAGUGAUUUUAAGGAGAAAUGCGGCGUGUUUCCAGUGCUGCUGAUCUCACACACCGCCAGACCUGAGCUCACAUUGAGACGAGGAGCGGCACUGGGAAGUUUAAUGUUCCUCAAGAGCGACGGAAACAGUCAUCCGAACAUCUGAGGAGAUUUCACCUGCUGGUUUUGGCACAACAUUAGGAUGACCUUCAAAUGGUUUCUGUUUCUUCCCGGUGGGCUCAUGCUCCUGAUCUAGGGUGGGGGGGCAUCGCCCCGUUCUGCCAUGAAAGGCUACACCCCCCAGCGCACCCGUUACCUGUCCGACUGCGAGCUGCCCCGUUCUCCCAGUCCCCGGGCCGCCUCCACCCUGUCCCACGCCCCGUUUCUCCUCCCAGCAGCCAUGGAGCAUUACGGAGCCCUGGACACACAGCACUUCUCCCCGUCGCCCGACUGCCUGAUGCCCCUCAGCAGCCAGCUGUCCUCCAGCAGCACCUUCCCCAGAAUCCACUACAGCUCACACUUCGAUCAGGGCGACUUCGGCCCCGCGACCGACAGCAUCGGGGGAAUCAGCACCGGGACGCUGGGGACGUCUAUGUCUAUGGGAAUGGGUCUCGGAGUGGGACGGACCGCCGUGAUCACCAGCGGAUCUGCAACUAUAUCAGGGGCAGGAAAGAUGAACCGGUUGCCGCCUAACCUCCUGGACCAGUUCGAGAAACAGCUGCCAGGUCAACAGGACGGGUUCAGCACGUUACAGUUUCAUCGCAGCACUGCGGUGACGACCACCAAACAGCAGCAACAACAGCGGACCGACAGUCCGGGAAAAAUACGCUACUUUGUUCACUCCGUUCAGAAACUGUUCGCUAAAUCCCAGUCGCUGGAAAACUCUGCCAUGAAGGGAAACAUGAACGGCCGCAACAGCAGAUCGUCGAGCAGUAAUGACAAACACCAUCGAAGCAAAAGCAAAGACCGGGCGAAGAGCGAAGGAACGGCCAAACGGAGGCCUCGAUCCAAUAUGUCUGGAUACUGGAGUUCUGACGAUUUGGACAGUGAUAUUAGUAACUAUAGGAACCCGAUGGCCAUGAUGACUUUGGGUCGUCAAGCGGUGGGAUCCGGACCGGGGCCGGGCGGACAGGUGGCGUCCAGGUACCUCAUGCAGGGCUACAGCACCAUUAGCGAGCACACGCUCAAAUCCCCAAAGAGUAACAGUGACCUGAAGCACCAGGGGCUCCCUGCACUCCCAGGACCUGGAGGCGGUGGGGGGGUCGGAGGAGGCCAAGGGCCGAUGUUUGACGGGAACUUUGGUAAAGGGGGACCCUGGUCCACACUUACGUUAGGACCCACCAGACAGGUGUGCCAGAAGGGCUCGGCCACACUGGAUCGCACCCUGCUGAAGUCCAAAUCUGUCCAGCAGGAUCUGGGGUGCCACUUCCUGCAGGUGCGUGGGAGGAUGCCGUCCACCGGCGACUGGACAGGGACUCUGGGCCGAAGUGGGCCCAUGGGUGAGAUCCCCUGUAGACGGAUGCGUAGCGGCAGUUACGUCAAAGCCAUGGGCGAUCUUGAGGAUAGCGACGACUCUGACGGGAGUCCCAAACCCUCGCCAAAAAGCGCCGCACGGAGGCAAAGCUACCUACGCGCAACACAGCAAUCACUAAGUGACCAGUUCCCCUCAAGAAACCGUCUGCUGGACUACUCGAUGCUGCAGGGGGAUCUGGAGGCUCUCUGGUCCCCGCUCCACAGCAUCAGCACCCUGCAGCAGAUCGGACGCUCUGUCAGCUGUCUUCCUUCUCUGCGAGAGUUCUCUGGGAAUCGGAGUCUGGAUAACCUGGACUGCAUCGGAGGCAGCUCUCCGUUCCCAAUCUGGGAUGAUGAUGACUUCAGUCAGGGCUGCAGCACGCUGGGACGCAGCAGCUGCAUCAGUCAGGUGCGAGACAUGGAGCUGAGCCAUCAUUAUGGAGACGAGCUGGAAGACAUGCAUCCUCGCUCCCGCUGCAGCGAUCCUCCUGACAUGCCCAUGCCCACAUGCUUCCGCUCACGCAGCCAUAGUUACCUUCGUGCCAUUCAGGCCGGCUGUUCUCAAGACGACGACACGGCCUCGAUGGAUUCUGAUUCACCGCCGCCCACGACCACAACGACCGUACGCACCUACAGCAACAGCACCGUGUCCACAUGCAUGACCUCCUGUAAGAGGGUGGCUCCGCCUCCUGUUCCCCCCCGCACCACCUCCAAACCCUUCAUCUCCGUCACCGUGCAGAGCAGCACAGAGUCCGCGCAGGACUGCUACCCCGACCGCAAGAGCGAGGUCAACAGCCAAUCAGGACGCAGCAACUCCUCCGAAAGCCUCGACAGCCUGCCCAAAGGGUCACGACCCCCUGUAGCGCCGCCCCGUGAGCCCCAGAUCCCGGCGGCCGUGGUCAUCUCUCCCAACCCGCUCCGAGAGUCCCAUCAUGAGCAGGUGAAGGGGGAGGCACUCCCUGUGGACGAACCCCCUGUAGACCCCGUCCCGAGACGGAAACUCUCCUCCAUUGGGAUUCAAGUCGACUGCAUUCAGGAAAUCCAGGCUAAAGUAGAGACGCCACCGCUGGCCAGAUUCCAGUCGAUCGGAGUUCAAGUGGAGGACGGCUGGACUUGCAGCCGCUCCAGUAGUAUGGCCUCUAGGCAAGAGACGGACUCAGACACACAAGACCUCUCGCUCACAUCCCUUACGUUCCCUUCAAACUCCAAACACACCGAGAAGAAAGUCAUGGUCAACAGUGCCAGCCAAUCGGUGGACUCGCCUCAGCAGCUCUCCCUUGACAACGGUAACCAUGAAAAUGAUGUGGCGGUGACGACCAGCGGUCCCUCCCGACAGAUCCUGACCAAUCGCUCGACCACACAGAGCAGCUCCUCGUCCUUCUCCGAGAGUCUGGAUCCGGCCCUUGACCCGUCCUCCCUCCCGCCGCCCGACCCCUGGCUGGAGAGCGGGAACGGGACGGGGAACGGAGGCCCCGCCCACCCAUUGACGGGGGCCACAGGAGCCACAACAUGCCGGCGGGACGGUCACUGGUUCCUGAAGCUCCUGCAGGCUGAGACGGGUCGGAUGGAGGGAUGGUGCAGUCAGAUGGAGAAAGAGACCAGCGAGCACCAGCUCUCAGAAGAGGUUUUGGGGAAGGUCCGUAUUGCGGUGGGCUGCGCUCAGCUCCUCAUGUCCCAGAAGUUCCAGCAGUUCAGAGGCUUGUGUGAACAAAACCUGAAUGUGAAUGCAAACCCCAGACCCACGGCUCAAGAUCUGGCCGGGUUUUGGGAUCUUCUUCAGCUCUCGAUAGAAGACAUCAGCCUCAAGUUUGACGAGCUUUAUCAUCUCAAAUCAAACGAGUGGAAGCUGGAAGGAGACUCACCGGUGAAGCAGGAGAACCAGAAACGGACUCCUCCGGUGCCCAAGAAGCCUGGGAAGACUAAAGCGGCCCUGGGCCGAGAGAAGAGCAAUGACACGGUGGACAAACAGAGACAGGAGGCUCGCAAGCGGCUCAUGGCAGCCAAGAGAGCUCAGUCCGUCAAGCAGAACUCGGCCACCGAGAGCGCCGACAGCAUCGAGAUCUACGUCCCCGAGGCGCAGACACGGCUCUGAGGAGAUGCACCAGAUGCACAGCGAACACGCUCAAGGGCUCCGGCGUCACACACAGCACCAAAAGCUGCUUUUGUCUUUUGACGCCCUCGUUUAAUACACAGAGGUGAGAGAGUGGGACGGAAACCACGCAGUGCGAACGGACUGCCAAGGAAAACCUCACAACAAUCUCAUUAGUUGCAAUGAAUAAUAUUAUUAUUGAUAUGAUUAUUAAUAACGGACUGCUAUUGAUUACUAUUACUGUCCUAGAUUGUUUUAAUUAUUCUAAUAUUUUGGAUAAGAGCUCCUGUAUCGUAGAAAGACGCCCACCACUCGAUUGAAAUCCACGUCUUCCUGUUACACGCUUCGCUUUCUGUUCUUCUUCUUCCUCUCUUCCUUCACCAGAGAUGUUCCUCGUCUUUUGUUAAUGGUUUUGAUCGAUGGAAGCGAUAGAUGCGGUGUGUUUCAGGGCAGCCAGGUGGCGCUCUUCAAUUUCCCAUGUUUAGAAAUCAUGCGUGGUGGCGUAUCAGAUCUCCAUCUCAGGUCCUGAAGUCUCACGGUUGUCCAGUUCUCAUGGGUUUAAACAGGUUUUGACCUGACCUGAUGUUUUGUUGAAUGAAGUGCCUGUGGGUAACUUUAAGACCCUUGUAGCAAUAUCAAAGAUUAUAAUAUCACAAUUUAAACAGCACCCCCUAAAACACGUAGUGUAGACUCAAAAUGUAAAGAGCGAAAUAUGGUUCUUCGUUCCUUUUCUCUUUCAAACUGCACAAAUCUGCACUUAUCACUCCUGGUCAUGUUUUAAUACAGUAUUGAAAAUGACUAGAUAAAGCAGACUCUUCUGUAACUGAACGUCUUUACUGGGAAUUUUCACAAAAACACAUUUGAUGUGGUCCAAUUUGUACUUGGAAUUGUUAAAAAAAGGCUGAAAACAUCUUUAUGCUGUUUUUUUUUUUGUUUUUUUUUUUUUUAAAGAAGGUGGUUAGGUUUGCAAUUUGGAAAUUAAGAAAUCCUACCUAAAUAUUCUAAUAUUAAUGUGGUUUUAUUAAUUCCAUCCUUUAUAUAUUUCAUGUGACUUAAUCUGAUUUGUCUAACACAAACUCACUGCUUGUUUCUUACUGCUCUUUCCAUGCCCACAUGGAAAAAACCUAUACAAACAAAUAUGUUUCAAUAUAGGUUUUGAUAUAGGUUUUUAAUAUAUGUUACAUGUAUAAAAUUGGCAGUGUUCCUAUAUUAUAUGUACAUAUAUGUACACAUAUAUAUAUAUAUAUGUGCAUACCUAUAUAGGUACAUAUAUGCAUGUAUAUAUGCACCUAUACAGGAGAUAUAUUUCCUGUAUAUGCACAUAUAUGCACCUCAAUUUUGCCUAUAUGUGGCAUAUAUACGCAUAUAGGUUUCAUAUAAGCGCAUAUAUCCACAUAUAGGUUCUUUCCAUGUGGGUGUUUGGGGUUGGUUAGAUUUAGUUUGUUUUUAAAGUCUCUUGUUCUCACCAAGGCUGCAUUUAUUUGAUUUAAAAAAAAUUAAUAGUGAAAUAUUAUUACACUUUAAAAUAGCUGUUUUCUAUGUGAAUAUCUGCUCAAAUGUAAUUUAUUCCUGUGAUCAAAGCAUCGUUCCUCCAGUCUUCAGUGUCACAUGAUCUUCAGAAAUCAUUCUAAUAUGAUGAUUUGCUGCACAAGAAACAUUUCUGAUUAUUAUCAAUGUUGAAAAUCGUUGUGGCACACAAUAUUUUUGUGGAAACUUGUGAUGCAUUUUAUUUCUCAGGAUUCACAGAUGAACAAAGUUCAAAUGAACAGCAUUUAUUUGAAAUAUAAAUCUUUUGUAACAUUUUAAAUGUCUUUAAUGUCACUUUUGAUCAGUUCAGUGCAUCCUUGAUGAAUACAAAUGUACAUUUAUUAUUUAAAAAUCUUACUGAUCCCAAACAUUUUAACUUUAUACUUGAUUUCUCAUCACAUAUAUUGUCAUGAACUCAUGAGCCGUUGCAGCUCUGCAUUCAGUGACAAAUGUCCCCAAGCUGCCGUUGAUUGGCUGCUAUUGUGUGUCUUUCGGCCGCUAAUGGUGUGAAUGGCAUCUCUUCAGUUUGAAGCCUCUCCCAGUCGUUCGCUCCAUUUGGUGUUGGUUUGAGUCGUUGACGCCUGCUGAAUGUCCCACAGUCCUCUCAUAUUCAGUCCUGCAAACGUCUGACAGCCUCAGAUAAACCAGAAUAAUGAUCAGGAUCAUUUGAUACUCAUAUCCAGUGUAACUCCAGGCUCAGAUCAGAUGAACAUCACUCCUCUCCUGUGGGAAACCUGAUUUAUUCAUCUUUUUAUCAGCCUUCGGUACUAUUUCCCCAAUUAAAUCUGCAGAGAUAAGCACAAAAAUUCUACCAUGAUGUAUAAAUAGUAUUUUUCGUAGUGUUAAUACAUUAUGACAGUUAAUACCUUUAAUUUAUUUUUAAAUAAUUGUAGCCUGUUUAUUAAUUUUGUUACUAAUUACAGUACAUUUUGUAAAAAGAAAAAUGUAAAACCGCAUUAGAGUAAUGAAUAAAGAAUGCAAAGAAUGUUUUUUUUUUUUUUUUUAAUUAAACAUCCAAAUGCAUUAAAGCGACAGAUCUUAAAAAUGUAAACAUUAACCAUGUUAAAAUGAGCAUGCUCAACAUAUGCAUGUUCAAAAACCUUUACAUCCAAAAUUUUUUAUUUUAUUUUCAUGAGCAGUUGUUCACCAAAUGCACAGUUUUGAGUCUUGAAUCAACACAUAUUGAUUUAAUUUCUGUAUCUACACAACGUCGAUUCAGUAAGCAGAUGUUUUAUGCUUGUAGUUUGAGAUGCUGAAGCGUCUCAUAUGGAAACAGAAAGAAAUGUUUUAAGCACACUAAGAAAUACAGACAAAUCAACCAACACCAGUGUUUGCAAAAAUACACAUUUGUCUAUUUUAUUUGACUAUUCGCUCUAUAGAGACCACGCUACCAUCAGUUGAAUGUCUUUGAAUCGUUGACCUGUGUUUUCCACUGUCUGGUGUUUCAGUGUUGUGAAACUGAUUUUCACAUCAUGUUCACGUGAUCUCGAUCAUGUUUGUGGGCUUCCCUGAGGAUCUGGAUCACAGAAACCUGGAUCUGGAGUAGCAGAUGCGUUUCGGAGGAGCUCUCGUUUGCAACACAAGGAUGUGUGUUCUGCACCUCUCUUUUCAUGCUGCUUGGAUACUAGAUAAACUCUUUUAUACACCUGUUAAGAGACGGAGAGUGGAGAAACACAACAGCGGUCGAACCCUCUCUGACCUGAAGGCACAGUCUCUCUUUCUUCAGCUGUUUUAAUAGUUUUUGGGGGUCGCCGAACAAUAAAUCAUCUAAAUGCAAGAGUUUGUAGCAACAAGAAUUAAGAUUAUUAUUAUUAUUAUAAAGAUUGAUAAUCAAUAUUUUAUGAAACGAGCACAUAUUUUACUGACUAGGAUUUGUUCAAUAUGUCUAAUGCUAUAUAAAGUUUAGGCUGUGUAUGUCAGGGUCUUUUGUUUAGUAAUAAAUACAGUAAAUCGGAGUUGAGUGCAAA